CCCGUUCCCGCGCGUGUUUCGACAGGUGCGGCGGGUCAGUCCCCACUCCUGCUAUUUGUGCGUGUUCCGGAGUGCGGAUUUCGAGCCAGACCCCAUCGACGAAUAUGCGGUGUCCGAGGAGAGUGACGGCGCCGCGGAGGAUAUCCUGUGUAAGAACGUCCCCACCCCAGAGUCAAGAUGGGAAAUCUGCUACACAAAUCAGCCAGCUAUGGUUGUUGCGCAUGACAGGUUUUGCUUCGUAGUGUAAUGCUGUUUAGCUGGUCCAGCACCAGCAGCAUCACAGAUCUAGCAUAUCAUUCUUACCAGCCACCCCCCGGCGGAGGCCGCCGGGGAGGGAGGCUGUUCGGGGGAGGUGUUCCAACGGGGAAGGCGGUGCCAAGGGUAGCGCGCCGCUACACAGCCAAAAAGGCAGGCGGGGCCGCGCCGCUCUGACGGCUUUGGCCCAGAAAGCGCAACGCACACCCGCAGCGAAACCGCCGCGGCCUGUGCUCCUACUUUGCUUCCGAAAACAGCAGCGCCUGGGAACGGAGGUUUUUGGCCUUUCUUAGGGGCGGAGUUUGCUGUAGAUGUGCACCCUGAACACGAAAGACGCCCUUAAAAAACUAGCGCGCUGCAAUAAGCUAAAUCGGCGAGCACGCCGCGAGGCUUGCCUGUGCAUGCCGAGAGUUAUUAGCUACUUAUGCGCCGAGAGACAGCGGGCACAGAAACACUUUCGCUACUUUGGUCACAACCACUUUCACUGCGCUACAAAGUCGCCGCACCUGUUGCCCGCGCGCGGGCGUUGUGUGAAGUUGCGGCCACCCUAGGUGGCCGCCUACGUUAAGGCGCGGCGCCGCGCCCCCCCAGGGGGACGCAGAGCGGCGCAUGCACUUUGAACAGCCGCCCUGGCCUGGAGUCAAAAGACUUGCAGACCUUAACUUUUGGGCCCUAGUUGCAUUCUUACUUUAAGAUACAGGUAGUGCGCGCAGGCGGGCGAACUGCACUGCAAGGGCGGUUCCGGUAGAGGUUCCGGGAGAGGGUCCGGGAGAGGGUCCGGGAGAGGGUCGGGGAGAGAGCUUCUGAGAGGUUCCGGGAGAGGGUCGGAGAGGUUCCCGGAGAGGGUCCGGGAGAGGGUCCGGGAGAGGGUCGGGGAGGUCCCGAGAGGGUCGGCCGAGAGGUAAAAUAGAGGCCCCGGGAGAGGGUCGCGGUAGAGGGUCGCCUAGAGGGUCUCCCUAUACUGCGCACCCUCUCCGACCCUCUGCACCCUCUUCCCCUAUCCUCUAUUUGACCUCUCUCCAACCUCUACCCUACCUCUGCGCGCGUAUAGGCGCGCUUUAAGGGCGUACAUACUACGCACCCUCUCCCUUACCUCUAUUUUCCCUCUCGUUUUACCUCUCCCCGACCCUCUCAUUUUCUCCGACCCUCUACUUUACCUCUCCGACCCUCUAUUUUACCUCUCCCGAACCUCUCCCCAACCUCUACCCUACCCUCUCCGGCCCCAAAGUUUGCCUUAUAUAAUAUAUAUGUCGUGCGUAGCAGUUAUAUCAAUUUACAUGAUCAAGCAAGAGGGUUGCACACUCCGACGUCGGGCUGGCUGCCCGAUGUCGACCAGCUUCCGCUGGUUCUCUGUCCUCUAUCUAGAAUCUCCGCUUCGUCCGGGCUUGCCUGGACUCGGCGUUUUUUCCCCGCCCUCCCACCCAGCUGCUGCAGCUUCAUUGCGAGAUACCCUGCGGCACCCCCCGCAAGCCUCCCCAGAUGUUCGGUGGGCCAUGUCGUGUUCCACGGCUUGGCCCACCUUCACGUCCGGGGCGUGGCUCUGUGGGGUUUGAGAGCUUGGCUCGCGCGGCUUGCUACUUGUAGCUCGCUGUGCCGGCCGGGUUCUCUUCUUGCUCGCCAGUGUGACCGUCGCAGGGCGUCCCGCGACGAGGACUGCAGCGCGCGUCAGCACUGCCUUCGAUUAUCAUCGUUUCCGCGCGCUUUCGCUCGUUGGGUGAAUUGCGCCAGGAAUGUGAAUUUAUAUAACGUGCGUAGCAGUUAUAUCAAUUUACAUGAUCAAGCAAGAGGGUUGCACACUCCGACGUCGGGCUGGCUGCCCGAUGUCGACCAGCUUCCGCUGGUUCUCUGUCCUCUAUCUAGAAUCUCCGCUUCGUCCGGGCUUGCCUGGACUCGGCGUUUUUUCCCCGCCCUCCCACCCAGCUGCUGCAGCUUCAUUGCGAGAUACCCUGCGGCACCCCCCGCAAGCCUCCCCAGAUGUUCGGUGGGCCAUGUCGUGUUCCACGGCUUGGCCCACCUUCACGUCCGGGGCGUGGCUCUGUGGGGUUUGAGAGCUUGGCUCGCGCGGCUUGCUACUUGUAGCUCGCUGUGCCGGCCGGGUUCUCUUCUUGCUCGCCAGUGUGACCGUCGCAGGGCGUCCCGCGACGAGGACUGCAGCGCGCGUCAGCACUGCCUUCGAUUAUCAUCGUUUCCGCGCGCUUUCGCUCGUUGGGUGAAUUGCGCCAGGAAUGUGAAUUUAUAUAACGUGCGUAGCAGUUAUAUCAAUUUACAUGAUCAAGCAAGAGGGUUGCACACUCCGACGUCGGGCUGGCUGCCCGAUGUCGACCAGCUUCCGCUGGUUCUCUGUCCUCUAUCUAGAAUCUCCGCUUCGUCCGGGCUUGCCUGGACUCGGCGUUUUUUCCCCGCCCUCCCACCCAGCUGCUGCAGCUUCAUUGCGAGAUACCCUGCGGCACCCCCCGCAAGCCUCCCCAGAUGUUCGGUGGGCCAUGUCGUGUUCCACGGCUUGGCCCACCUUCACGUCCGGGGCGUGGCUCUGUGGGGUUUGAGAGCUUGGCUCGCGCGGCUUGCUACUUGUAGCUCGCUGUGCCGGCCGGGUUCUCUUCUUGCUCGCCAGUGUGACCGUCGCAGGGCGUCCCGCGACGAGGACUGCAGCGCGCGUCAGCACUGCCUUCGAUUAUCAUCGUUUCCGCGCGCUUUCGCUCGUUGGGUGAAUUGCGCCAGGAAUGUGAAUUUAUAUAACGUGCGUAGCAGUUAUAUCAAUUUACAUGAUCAAGCAAGAGGGUUGCACACUCCGACGUCGGGCUGGCUGCCCGAUGUCGACCAGCUUCCGCUGGUUCUCUGUCCUCUAUCUAGAAUCUCCGCUUCGUCCGGGCUUGCCUGGACUCGGCGUUUUUUCCCCGCCCUCCCACCCAGCUGCUGCAGCUUCAUUGCGAGAUACCCUGCGGCACCCCCCGCAAGCCUCCCCAGAUGUUCGGUGGGCCAUGUCGUGUUCCACGGCUUGGCCCACCUUCACGUCCGGGGCGUGGCUCUGUGGGGUUUGAGAGCUUGGCUCGCGCGGCUUGCUACUUGUAGCUCGCUGUGCCGGCCGGGUUCUCUUCUUGCUCGCCAGUGUGACCGUCGCAGGGCGUCCCGCGACGAGGACUGCAGCGCGCGUCAGCACUGCCUUCGAUUAUCAUCGUUUCCGCGCGCUUUCGCUCGUUGGGUGAAUUGCGCCAGGAAUGUGAAUUUAUAUAAUUGGAGCAUGACAAAUUCCGAAACAGGACUAGAAAAUGCUUCUCAUGGGGAUGCGCAUGAGAAACAUUGCCAGCAUGCGGAUUAGCAUUACAACUAAGGGAUGGGGACGUUUUUACUCAGAAUAGAGGAACUGGUGGCGGAAGUGGAGGCGUUGAACGACCCCGACCGGCAGCGACUCAACUACGUGGCGCGAGGGUCGAGUGGCGGCAAGAAGGAGGAGGUUGUUCCCGAGAUAAUUACUUCUGGAGGCAAUCGUCCUGCUGGGAAAAAGAAGGACGACAUUUCCAUGGUCCAACGUGUGACGAACCUGGUGGCAGAGCAGGAUCAGAACCGGCACAUCGAGGACACCGCGUUGCGCGACAUAUUGGCGCGGCCGAAAAAGCACAACAAAGCCGAGAUGAAUCACAACUUCGAGGAGUCCGGCCCCCAUGUGCAGACGCACAAGCUCCUGUCGCAGCUGCACGCCGACCUCGUCGUGCUUGGCACACUGCAGCGCAAAAUGCUUCACGAGCAAAAGGAACAACAGCAUCAAAGUGCAUCUGGUUCUUUUGUUCAACAGCAGCGCCGCACCGCUGGGCCGAAGUUCGACCAGAAGGACCUGGUGAACAUGGGCAAGGAGCACGAUCGCAUGCUCAGUUCCUGGGAUCCGGUCGAGAAGCGGUUCUGGGAGCUGCAGAAGGCUAUGAUAUGUAAAAGUGUCUGGGUCUGGAAGAAUGCAACUUGUCAUGCUAAAUCUGAAGCAUGCAAAAAUCUGCGUUGCGUGAUUACCAAGAGUCGUCCAGUUUUUACCAAGUCGGGAGGGAGUUUCUCAUGCAGGAUAGGCAUGAGAGAGAUUGCGCAGAAUCUGUCAUGCUAAGUCCUGCAUUCCAGGCUUCAUGGGACAUGGAAAAGCUGCAUGACAAACCGCGCACUCUUCCAGACCCAGACAGUUUUACAUUUGAGAAAGGCGCAGAUGGAGCAGUUGAACCGGGACAUGUUUCUCGCCCCCGACGGCAUUCUAGGAGAGUGCACAGCUCCGCCUCUCCCUCAUUUGUCAUGCAAAAUACCGAGGCCACCUCUUGCCUUUAAACACUCUUCGCAUGGCAAGUUUUGGACGUCGCCCAAACAGGACUACAAUCUAUGUGCGGGUUUGUCAUGCAGAAGCUACCUUUGUGGCAUUGCUUCUGUUGCUGCUUAUGCUAUACAAAUAGACGAGAGGUGGAGUUGUUGUUCACUCUCAUACAUUCUGGCGGAGGCGGACGUGAGCUCCGGGGGCCAGAUCCGCACGCUGGGCCGCUUCGAAUUCGACGUGCCCUACCGGGUGCUGGAGCAGCGGAAGGACGCGUUUCUCGGCGCCGUCCAGAACGAGAUGGCGGAGUUCGCCGCGUGCCAUCGGGACCACGUGGAGCUAUUGCUGACCUCCGGGGAGCGCCCGCUCCAGCCAGAGGAGGUCACGCAGUUUGUUGACAAAACCGGCGGUCACGAGAAGAGUACUAACAAGGUCGACCAGCAGGCUAAGAAGACGAAACUCAUCCCCUUACUGCACGUCCGCGGGCCGGCGCGGUUCCUGAACUGCGAGCGGUUUCAGGAGCACGAAGCCAGCGUGAAAAACAACCGGCUGUUUCGGCCGGAGGUGUGCACGUUUCUGCCCUAUCAAAUGUAAAAAUGUCUGGGUCUGGAACAAUGCAGGAGUUUGUCAACAUGCUGAUUUUGCAUGACCCUUGAGGUUUGUGAUGCAUGCCCUAGCAUCAGAGAUUCUGCGAGGGCUUUCUGAUGCUCAUACCGCAUGAGAAAUGUCCUCUUAGCGUAGCAAAAGUUGGACCUUUUGCUGUUCAUGCAAUACAGAUUUUAUGUAGAGUCCAAAGGUCGCAUCACAAGUUGCAUCCUUCCAGACCCAGACACUUUUACACUAGAUAUGCCCGACCCGCUGGCGAAACUGGAUUUGGGGUCCGGGGCCGCACUAUCCAGUGCAAAUAUGUCUCGGUCUGGAAGAAUGCAACUUGUGAUGCUGCAUUGCGAUUCCGAAAAAAUCUGUAUUGCAUGAGCAGCAAAGGCUGGAUAUGCAAUUUUUUCUGCGCGGAGAGGGCCUUUGUUUCUCAUGCGGAAUAGGCAUCAAGAAACCCUCAAAAAUACUGUGGUGCUAGGGCGUGCAUCACAGACAUCUUCAUGGCUCGUGCAAAACGUGCAUGACAGGUCUCAGAAUCUUGCAGACCCAGACAUAUUUUUUGCAAUGCAUACGCAAGGGUGCUCGCGAACGAGAACGUGAGACUGCGGGACCGGCUGUCCGACGUGACCAACCACGCCUACUAUCUGGAGAUCUUCCAGAAGCUGUUAUCAAAUGUAAAAGUGUCUGGGUCUGGAAACUUGUGAUGCUGUGUGGCAUAUCAUGAGGAGGCCACAAUUGCUGGCUCAGCAUGACAAGUUUCUGAGCUUCUAGGUGUUGCCUAUUCUGCAUGACAAACUACGUUUCUGCAUGACAGAAAAGUGGGGCUCUUUCGUAAUGUGCAUGACAGAUUUAAGAGUCAUGCCAGACAAGCAUGACAAACUGGCAUUCUUCCAGACCCAGACAUUUUUACAUUUGAUAGCUGUGCGGUCAGUACGAAAAAGCGAUCGACGCCUUGCGGCUGAAAGACGAGGUACUGCCGGAGCUGCGCCGGCUGCAGCCGGUGCUGGUGCGGGACGCGAACCAGGGGCGCGAGCGACCCAGCCAGAUCUUACAGAAGCUGUUCCGUCAGGGAGUGGUCGGCAUGCCGGAUUGGAUUGACGAUCGCCCACAGGUCGUUGCGGGCGAGUCGCCGGCCGGCUUUGCGGACGCCGUCCCCUCAGGGCUUCGGAAAGCGGGUGGUGCGCCGCAAAGCACGGCCGCUGGGGCAGCGGGGGGAAGUUCGAGUUCUAGUUCAACGGGGGCGCAAGCGCAAGCACAACAAGGCCAAAACGAAGCAGAUACACAGUCAGGCGCGGUGGCGCAGGCGUUUAACGAGCGCCGCGCGGAGCGGCGCCGCGUUCCGGGGUCCACGAAGCUCGAGUCGAAUGACCUUGGCAGUCGGUACGAGACGGUUGGGGACCUCCUCGGCGACGACGAGGAAAAAUGCUUUGUGUUCGCCGUUUACCUCCGCGGCGCCAGCAACGUGCCCCAGGCGGACGUGCUCACGCUCAGCGACCCAUAUAUACAAGUGCGGCUACGGCUGCGCGAUCCGGAGAAAAAGGAAGAUACUUCUGGCACAGAACAACAGCCGCUGGUCCCCGGCGAUCCCGCGCCGCCGGGCAACUCGGAGACCUUUCACUACAUCUCCCCGUCCGCGGACGUGCUGGACACCGAUGAUUUCCAGCUACUCCGGUUUGCGAACAAGCGCGCCAUCGGAAACACCCGCGCGCUCGACGACACGGAGUUCCCGGAGUGGAGCGAAGUGGUGGAGAUCGAGGUGCGGGAAAUGGAGUUGCGGUUUCAGGAGCUGAAGUGCGAGCUGGUUCUGCUGGACGCGAAUGGCGUCUUCAGCGUCAGCGACACGCCGAUCGGCACGGUGGAAUUUAGUCUCAAGGACUACUGCGAGGGCCCGGCGGAGUUGUUGGAAUACGACAAUGGCGUGCGGGUGAGGACCGGCGUGGGAAGGAGAUUAAUGAAGGGCUUGUUCGGUGGUCGUGGAUCAUCAUCAAAGGACAAAAGCGGCGAUAGUAUGAGACCACUGUCCAUCGAGAACGAUCCUUCGAUCGCGGAUCCGACGCUGAGCUACGCGGAAACGCCCGGGUUGCUCCACCGCAAUUACAAGCUGCACACUCUGAACAUCCAGCCAUUGAUUGUGCCAGAUCCGGACACCGGUCGGCCCAUGGUGGACAAGCAGUUCGAGCUCGAGCGCUGCAAGGUGCAGUUCUGCUGCAUGUGGAGUGUGCAGGGCGUGCGGGAGCGCGAAAUGCGUAAAAAGGCGGCGGGUGGACAGGGACUGUUCCAGCGUAUCUCCGCAAGUCUUUCGGAAAUGUUUACCGGCGCGGCGGAGGGUGGUGUG